AUUUCUUCUCUCGCCUCACCGAAUCGAAGUCGAAACCAUAGGCGGGAAAACGAAAAGAUCCAAAUCCCCAUCUAGAAAACCCCACCUCACUCUCCGUGUGUGUCUGAGAGAGAGAGAGAGAGAGAGAGAGAGAGAGAGAGUGGAGGCGAUCGAAGCAGCGAAAGAAGCUCGGAGUGCGUUCUCUUUCAUGAUCAGCUGUCAAUCCAUCGGGGCGGAGUUUUGAUAGAUAUGGCGGUGGACGAUUACCACGUGAUAGAGCUGGUCGGGGAAGGAUCUUUCGGGAAGGUGUACAAAGGAAGACGCAAAUACACUAGACAGACCGUUGCAUUGAAAUUUAUUCUCAAGCAUGGGAAAAGCGAGAAGGACAUUCACAAUUUGAGACAGGAAAUCGAGAUACUCCGGAAGUUGAAGCAUGAAAAUAUUAUUGAAAUGCUCGAUGCCUUUGAGACUCCUCAAGAAUUUUGUGUUGUUACAGAGUUUGCACAGGGAGAAUUGUUUGAGGUUCUUGAGGAUGACAAAUGUCUCCCAGAAGAACAAGUUCAGGCAAUAGCUAAACAACUGGUAAAAGCAUUGUAUUACUUGCAUUCAAACCGCAUCAUCCAUCGGGAUAUGAAACCCCAAAACAUUCUUAUUGGCGCAGGAUCUGUUGUUAAGCUUUGUGAUUUUGGAUUUGCACGAGCAAUGUCUGCAAACACUGUAGUCCUUCGUUCUAUAAAAGGGACACCUCUUUAUAUGGCUCCAGAAUUGGUGAGGGAACAACCUUACAAUCACACAGCAGAUUUGUGGUCGCUUGGAGUAAUUUUGUAUGAACUCUUUGUUGGCCAGCCUCCAUUUUACACAAAUUCAGUGUAUGCAUUAAUUCGUCAUAUAGUUAAAGAUCCAGUGAAAUAUCCUGAAAAUAUGAGUGCAAAUUUUAAAAGCUUCUUGAAGGGUUUACUUAACAAGGUACCUCAAAAUAGAUUAACUUGGCCAGCAUUGUUGGAGCACCCAUUCGUAAAAGAACGCUCAGAUGAGCUAGAAGCCAGAGUUAGUUUUCUUACUUCCAAUCUGGGAGCUGAUGCUGAGAAAACUGUUGCUGCUGCUGAUGCAGUUACUGGAUCUGAGAUUGUUGGAUUGACAGAGAGGAUCAUCAAACCUUCUGAUCUCGUAGCUGCCAAUUUGGGGGUGAAAGACAAUUCUAUUACUGAAAGCAACAAAGAAGGGAGCAACAACACCAAAUUCAGUGCUCCUUCGACAAUUCCUGACAGCCAAGAGCAUGCAUCUUCUAUGGACGUGUUAGAUCAUGCUCCUUCAUCAGACAAUCAUGUUUUGGACGCUUUGGAAAAAGGUUCACGUACAGUAAAAGGUGCAAAAAAUAUUAGUCAAGAUAGUGAAGCUUUAUCAGCUGUUUUACAACCACUGCAAACCUGCUCCCAGAGAUCUGCCAGUUCUUUCGGGAAUCCUAAGAUGGAUACUGUAAGCCAGUCCUUCAGAAUUCUCACAAAUUUAAUUGCUGCUGGGACACUUCAAUCAUCUCCAGCUUUGGAUAGCAUAACAUGUGUGCUUCUUGAAUUCACAGCUGCCAUUGCCAAAAUGAAGAUUAGUGAUGCUCAAGGCUUAAUCAUCAAGAGUCUUUCAAUAUUAAAAAAGUUGCUGGAACUUAGCAGAGGUGAAAUUUACAAUUCUUAUUGCAGGCACUGGAGUGCUUUAGUUGAGCUUUAUUCACAGAUUCUGGCAUCAACAACUGAUGCAUCUGGAAGGAUCCACUAUGAAUGUACUGCAUGCAUUGCUGUUAUGCUGUCUCAGAUUGCAAUGGGGCUAAAGCAAUCCAUGUCAUCUGAAAGCUCAAAGCCAAUGGAAAAAUCUUUUUUCCAGAUAGUUGAUUAUGCUAGUGCAUCUGAAAUUUUGGGGCUUUUGCUUGAAUGCUUAACUACUUCUGGGACAAGUCUCAUAUCAGGGUCUUCUAAUAUGGUGCCAGCUGCAUGUGAAUCAUGCAAGGCCAUUUGGUAUCUUAUUAAUUUAGCAGAGAUUAUUUCUGCAAAAGAGCAAGCUUAUGCUUUCCCAUUAGUUUAUUCACGAAGGCAUCCUUCAUUGCAGCCUGAUAUGGUCGAAAAAGAACAAAGUUUACGACUUCACCCAGAGCCAGUUAAAAUUAUUGAGAUAGUUGUGAAUAAUUUUCUUGAAUCGAAAGAAAUUCAAGUAGCCAUUUACUACUGCUUUCACAAUGGUCUAGAGUCUGCAUUAUAUGCUGCUCUUCAGCUUAUGUCAAGGAUUUGUCUGUUGAACACUUCUGCAUGCAAUGUGCUCUGUGGCUUACCAAAUUCAUCAAUUACUGUUACUGAAACAGAUGUGAGUGGAGAUGGAACUAUCGUGUCUGAUAUGUUUUCCUUGUUAUCUUUAUGUGCUUCAUAUUUAAACAAAGAUUCAGGAGAAAAAUGUAAUCAGAAAUGUAAGCUUUCUAACCCCCGUGGGUUGGUUGUACAUUGUUGCAUUGCUUUGGCAACGAUUGCUGAUCGUUUGAGAGUAAUGGGAAAAUGUUCUGCAUUAUAUAUUCUUUCUAAUUCUCAGAAAAAGCAGCGAACACGGCUUUCAGUUCUUGCACAUCUUUCUUUGACUGAUGAUGCUGUGACAAGUUCCAUUCAACCUCACUGUGCAUCAGCAAUGCUGGCUUUAUCAUCAGUUCUAUCUCUUGAAAGUGGCGUGCAUGGGAACUCUAUCUCUGAACACACACUAGCUCUGUUGCCUUCAAUGGCAACACUGCGCAACCUACUUAAGCUUUGCCUGUCUGAUGACAAUGAGAUGAAAUCUUGUGAUGUGCUCUUAAGGCGGCUUGGACUCAAUGAUGCUUGCCUCGGCUUGUUAAAAAUGAGGCUUUUGUGGGGAGGCCCUCUGGGUAUUCAACAAGCAUGUUCCAACGGCAUUCCUCAGCUUCUCGUAAAUAUGUUGGCAGAUGGGCUUAUAAAAGAUCCACUGAAUGAAAAAGAUUGCACGAGUGGUAGAGUCGGAUUAUCUCCGACAGGACUUAUUUGGGCACUUUCUUCCUUGUGUUGCUGCCUCACUGGUGGAAUCUUCCAUGAGAUUUUGUUUAGAAGAGAACACGUGAAGCUCAUAAUUGACAUGAUAUCUGAUGUGCAUCUAAUGGCACUCAACGUUUGGGAGGGACUUGCUGGUGGACAUUCUGGAAUUAGAGAUCUAAUAAACACAGUAGUUGAUCUAUUGGCAUUUCCCUUUGUUGCAGUGCAGAGCUCCCCCAAUAUGCCAUCGACAUCAGCAUCGAUUAACAGUGGCUUUCUCUUGAAUACUGGUUCACCUGGUGGAAGACUUGCUAUGGAAAAUAAGGAUAUGGUCAAAGCUAUUGGGAACAACAUGCCUCACUAUGUUCAAGUUCUUAUAGAGGUCAGUUUUCCUGGACGCAUUCUUUGCAGCUUGGACUAUGUUGACUUGAAAUAUGUGUCAAGGCCCAUUGCCAUUGUGGCAAAAAUGGUUGGGUAUCGACCCUUGGCAUUGCAACUUGUUAGGGAAGGUUUAUUAUCUCCAAACAGAGUACGGAGGCUGCUUAGUGUAUCCAUUCCAAAGGAAGCUAUGCUCGACUUUCUAAUGAUAAUAUCUGACCUUGCCCGGAUGUCAAAGGACUUUUAUGAACCCAUUAGCAAAGCUGGUAUGCUGGAGUUCCUCAAGGACUUUCUAAGUAGUGAUUGUGCUGAUGUACGAGCAAAAGCUUGUAGUGCCAUUGGAAACAUGUGUCGGCACAGUCCCUACUUCUACAGCUCACUCGCAACACAUAGGGUCAUUGAUCUCUUGAUCGAUAGAUGUGCUGACCCAGACAAACGUACUAGGAAGUUUGCUUGUUUCGCUGUUGGGAAUGCUGCAUACCACAAUGAUGUUCUCUAUGAAGAGCUUAGAAGAUGCAUACCUCAACUGACAAAGCUUCUACUCUCAGCCGAAGAAGAUAAAACCAAAGUCAAUGCUGCUGGUGCACUAAGCAACCUUGUUCGAAAUUCCAAUGCCCUCUGUGAAGACAUCAUAUCCCAGGGUGCCAUGCAGGCAUUACUGGAGCUGGUUAGUAACUAUUCUGCCAAAGCACUAAGCCCUAGUAGAGGGCAAACUCAAAAUGAGUCCCCCCUUAAGAUCGUGCUCUUUGCUUUGCGUAAAAUGUGCGACCAUGCUGUUUGCAGACGCUUCCUUCGAUCAUCUGAGCUAUUUCCUCUCCUUGCUCAGCUAAAGAGAUCGCCAGACCCAACAGUUGCAGAAUAUGUGUCGGUCAUCACAAGCAAAGCUGCCCAAACAUGAGUAGUGCCAUUUUCCUUACGUUCUUUGUUUCAACAUGCAUUAUCUCAUGCAAAGAAAUGGACUUGUUGCUUAAUUAUCCUUAAGCUGAGUGUCUUUAUCGACAACCAGAAUGGGAUUACUGUUUGUAUAUUAGACAAGCAUAUUAAUGGCAAUGAAGAUAUAUGGGCUUCAGAACAUGCCACGAGGCGAUAAACAGUGGCCUUGAUCUCACUGUUUGACCCAGGCAUCUGUUUAUAUUCUUGGCUAUGUAUAUGGCUCCACGUUGAUGAACAUUGACACAAAUUGAUGUACAUGCAACAUAUUACAGGAACUGGAUUGGGAUUCUGAUUUA